GUUGCGACAGCAGUACCAACAACGGUGGAGGAUAUUUCGGUUUCGGUCUCUUCGUAUUAUUCACUUGUCAAUUUCGAAGGUCAUGUGUAGUGAACGAUCGUCACAUGUUGUCUUAUCACCUCAACGUUAACGACUACUUUCAUUUACUUCAAAUCAUAGCAGACUUUAGCAUUGAUAUGAGUACCAGACUUGUUUACAGAAAUCUGUAAGAGUAUACUAUCAAUGAUUGACACACAUGGUAGCCAGGUUUAUAUGAAGUAAUAUCACCAACAAUAGAAUAUAACUGGAAUUAUUAAGUACUACUAGUUGACAGGAAAUUAGUAUGAGCGGAAGUCGAGUGGACCUUAAAGUUGUCCUUUUGGGAAAGGAGUAUGGUGGAAAGACCAGUUUAGUUGAACGAUAUCUUCAUGAUCGUUUCCAUGGUGAUGUCCCCUAUCAAAACACCAUUGGUGCAGCAUUUGGAGCAAAAAAAGUUGAUGUUGGAGAUCGAACAGUUACCAUGGGAAUCUGGGACACUGCCGGAUCGGAGAGGUACGAGGCUAUGAGUAGGAUUUACUACAGAGGAGCCAAAGCUGCCAUUUUAUGUUACGACCUAACUGAGGCUGCAAGCUUUGAUAGGGUUAAAUUCUGGGUUGAUGAGCUUCUAAAGAAUGAAGAGAAAUGUAAAAUUUAUCUAUGUGGUACCAAAGUAGAUUUAGUUGAAGAUGAUAAAAAGAAUAGAAAAGUUGAUUACCAUGAAACAACAGACUAUGGCGAUAGUAUAAAGGCAAAAGUGUUUGAGACUUCAAGUAAAACAGGAAGCAGUAUAAAAGAAUUGUUUAGUUCAAUAGCUAAAGAUUUUGUUGAAGAUCCAACGAAUAGUGAUGAAGAAUCUUCACCAAAAACCCUUGAUUUACAAGAGAACCGAACGAGGCAGAAAGGAUGCUGUAGCUAAGGACCAAGCUUCGUCAACAGUGAACGUUUUGUUUUCAAUAUCUUUCUAAAUAAUCAGUCCAAGUGAUGUGAACCAUGGUGACAUCACCUAAUUAUUGGAUUUGAUUGACAUUAGCAUACACAAUACUGAAGACAUGAAUACUAGCUAUAUAGAAAGUGACAGAUUUUAAAAAACAUACUUAUAAGAAUUUAGGAUUAAAGUGGUAUGAAGGCAAAUCCGAGCCUGCUUUUUAUACUUCUAUUCCUACUGAAAACAUCCUGAAUGGCCAAAACCUGAUUGGUUGCAAGGCAGCACAGCCUUUAUUUCAACAUCUAUAGACUCGCUGACCGUUCACCUGUACUCAACGCCUAAUUUGUAAUGGUACACCUCAUUUCUUUGCUGUUGUUUGAUCGUCAGCUCUACAUUUGUUCUCUCUUUGUGGUCUUGCUUCAGAAACACCUUGUUUAUUAAUAUGGAUGUGUUGCUUUUUGUGAAUGUUUGUUUUUUGCAACCAAAGAAUUAUUUUAUUCAGAAAUAUAUUACCAGCUGGAUAUAAGCAAUUAAUUUUGGAACUCUUUCACAGCACUGGAAUUUGGAAGAUUGCAGUGGGAUAUGUUAGCUUAAUUCAUCAUCAGUAUGACAUAGAGUGUAUUUUUAUUUUAAGUAUAAUUAAUACCAAUUUUCCUGAAAUGUUCUGUAAUUAAUAAUCUCAAUCGUGUACUAAUAAUAAUGUGCUUUAUAUUAAAAUAUUGUAUUGAAAAUAAUAAUUAAAUACUAUUAUUAAUAUUCUAUUGAUGACAUAUUACCUUUUGAAUUCUAUUUAGUAUUAUACUGUACAUCUUUAAGUCAAUUAUGAGAAUGUAAACUACAGUGAAAAGUGGCAGUGCCAGUGGUUACUUAACCUCCUCCCCCACCCCUUUAAAACCAGGCCCAUAUAUAUGCUAUGACUCAUAAAAAAGGGGAAAAAUUAUUUAAAAACAACUUAUCCCCUCCCCACUCCCAAAUCCUGGCACACCACUAAAAAUGCAUAGUGUGAUUUAAUUAUUACAAUUUACUGUCUGAAACAAGAUAAAAAGAACAAAAUGUUGGUUAAAAUGUAUGUUUUUCAAAUGGACAAUUAUUGCUCCUAUUUUACUCUUUCUUAUAUCCACCAUAAAACACAAAGCUCUUGGUUAAUUUUUCUACAGUAAUUAUAUUUUUCUGUAAUAAUAAUAUUGGAUGUAGCCUACAAACCCUGAUGUCUCUAAAAAAUGAAUAAGCUAACCUUAAAAUAAAUAUAUUAUUUUAAAUACUGAAAUUGGUAGACUCAUAGCUUGUGGAUACAAAGUGUAAUGAUAUCUAUCUUUGCAUUAUAAUAAUAGACAUUUAUAAUGUCCACAUAAGCGUACUCAUUAGGCACUUUAUGCAACAGGACGGGAAGGUGGGUGGACGGUGGUUCUGUGCUCAUCAGAGCGUGAUGACCACAGUAGAUACUUGGGCGCUUAACCUGAAUUGCUGUUGUCGAUGGCUCCCUGUCCUUUAUCGUAAAGUUCCUAUUGUCCCAGUAGGGAAGGAAGACAUCAGCCUCAUGGUAAUAAGUAUACAGUAGAACUUCUAUUAAGGGACCAAGAAAAGUUUCCCCUUAAUAGGUGUGUCCCCUGAGUAGAGGUUGCACAUACUGUAGUGUUAAAAGAUACAUUUCCCUCACUUCACGGUCCCCUUAAUAGGGGUUUUACUGUAUAUGAUGUGUUGUAGCGGGAAGGGGAACUGAUUGCUGUGGCCAAAUUAAUCUCAGGAUAUGGUGGGUUGUAAUUGUAGGGGUAAGAUACAAACUAUGUCAGUUAAAAGACAGUGCAAUGUAUUCAUAUUAUAAUGAUGUUAGUAAACCUGCAUUCAUCCACUUAUCUUGUCUGUUGUGUCAACAUCCUCGGCUUUCUGCCCUGUGAUUUGUAGUAGAAAUUUUUUAGACACUGUCCAUUAAAUGUGACAUAAAUGAGACCUGCAUAAUUGAAAAGGAGCUAGUGCGUCAUUUGUGACGCUCUGCCACCCCUCUUGAAUUGAAAUGUUUCAUAAAAUUGUAGCAAAGUAUAAUGUGAAACUUAAAAUUGUUGUAAUGGUAGAGUAGAGGGAAAUAAAUGAAAAGGUCUA